AAACCAGAGAGGUAGAAGGGCGGGAGGGUUUUGAUUUUUCCCUUCGUUUAAUCAAAACUUUCCUUUUACCUCUUCCCCCCCUUUCUCUACAAGAUGGACCUCCACGUGGAGCCUACGUCCGCCACCGCCGACUCCAUCCCGCCUUCUCCGCCGCACGAUCCUCUCGAUUCCGUUCCCAUCGGGUCACCUGAAGACGAUAUUCUGUCUCCGCCGUCCGAUGAUGAUAUUGACCACGAUCACGGUCACGAAAAUGAAGAUGAUCACGGCCAGGAGGAUCAGGUUCAGAAUCAUGAGAUCUCCUCGGCGGUUGAUGUACUUACUGAUGAUCUCAAAAAGAAGAUCAUUAAGCAGGCGGAAUAUUAUUUUAGCGAUGAAAAUCUGCCUACUGAUAAUUACAUGAUGGGACUAAUUAAGAAGAACAAAGAAGGUUUUGUUCCUAUUUCAGUUAUUUCUUCAUUUAGGAAAACGAAAAGACUCACCAGGAAUUAUCCAUCAAUAGUUGCUGCUCUCAAAGAGUCAUCUUUACUUGUUGUGAGUUCUGAUGGGAAGAAGGUAAAGCGUCGGAAUCCUCUUCCGUUCAUUGAAGUUAGGGAUCCAAAGUUAUUCACCGUUUUGGUAGAAAAUCUUCCAGAGGAUCAUUCGGUAGAGAAUAUUAAGAGGAUAUUUGGUGAAGUGGGAAGGAUAAAGAAAAUAUCAGUUCGUGAUCCUCAUGCUGUUGAAGAGACAAAGAAAACUGGUAGGGCCGAUAUAUUGAUCAGUAGUAAGUUACACGCACUGGUGGAGUAUGAGACUAUUGAGGCUGCUGAAAAAGCUGUGGCUACUUUGAACGAUGAACACGACUGGAGAAAUGGCAUGCAUGUUAAGCUUCUUGAGCGAAAGGGUAAGCAUGGACAGCGAAAGCAAGCUUGGAGGGGACCUGCUCAUGAAAAAAACAUCAAUGCUCAGGUAUCUGAUCAAACUGGAACCGAGGAGAAAAAUGCUUCAAGUGAGUAUCAUGAAGAUAUACCAGAUGAUGAGGAUGGGGAGCAUUUGUCCAAAGAGAAAAAUGGGGUUCGACCUAGAAACAGAGGACGAGGGAGGAGACAGAAAAAUCGUGGUACCAAUGGACACGGCCAUGGAACUACAUCCUCAUGCCAUGCCGUAGAACCAUCGAAGCCACCACCGGGACCUAGAAUGCCUGAUGGAACACGGGGAUUCACAAUGGGACGUGGACGGUCUCUCAUUUCUAAACCAAGUUAAUGAUGUGGUAUUUUGAUUAUCAUGCAUAUGGUUUCAAAGGCCAAGUAUGAAAAACAAAAACCCAAAUGGAUUUAUCUGUGUUUUAUAAAUGGUGAUGGUGUUAUCUUUUCUUUUGAACACAGUAUUUAGAACAAUGAUGAAAAUACGAACCUAAAAAUUGGUCUGUUGGUAUAUUUAUAUGUUUAUAACAAAGAAUGAUUUAGAUUUGGUGGUGAAAA